AUGUGGAGCAAAGCGGAGCAUUUGGGGGAACCAGUAACAUUUCUUCUUGAAGUAACUGACGGCGUGCCCGCUGAUCCUGCGGAGUUUCUUGAUGAUUUGCUUCAGCGUUUGCGCGAGGUGAGUCUCAAGGGAUGCAUUUAUGAAGCCGCAUGCCGUGUGUACAACCCUCUUUUAGUAUACGUUAGUCUUAUGGACGAUCCUGACACCGAGCCUGUGGACUUGGAGAAUCAAGACGAGGUCGGAAUCGACGAAUGGUUUCCACUCCACCUCGCCAUUGUUUUGCUGCGGCAAGAGGUGGUUGAAGCAAUUGUGACAUUUCACCGAACAUAUGGAGGGGUUGUACUUGACAGCGUUUCGUGUGGAAGCGCUAUCGGCACACCUUGUGAAUACCAUGACGUUGAGGAGCAAUCUGGCCGUAUUUCAUCGCUGCCGGUUGCUCCUUCGUGUGGCAGCGAUGCUUUGGGAGUUACCAUGGCUGGGGGCGUCGAAAAGUCGCAGGGCCAACUAAACUUGGGUGACCGCGACGCAAGAUGCCAGAUCAGGCGCGAGUUUGCUGGUGCUUUUGUUGUUUUUGGAGCUAACUCAGAGAGAUCACCACUUCGUGACGGAGGGAAUAACGACAGCUGCAACACAAGCAAUGGAGAAAAUGUUGGUGCGUUGGGCUUGAGUUCUGAAUGCAAGGGAGUGAAAUGGCCGUUCAGACUGUCCUGUGUGUCGGAAGCCUUACGCCCGCUACUUCUGCGUCUCGUGUGGGAGGGGACUCGUCAUCGUGGUGACCGCCACUGUGGCUGCCGUAGAGGUAGAGCGCGAGGUGGCUCUAAAGGCAGCGAUAACGCUGAGCUGGUCUCCCUACCCGAGGGCUGUUUCACCGAGCGCAUUGCUAGGUUAAGCAAUGCUGCACGACGUAACGAUACUCAACCCCUCUCCAGCAUUUUGGUGGAUUCAACUGUCAUGUAUGAUGUAUGCAACGGCAAUAUAGCUACACUGUUUGACGUUUUGGAGGUUUUCGAUGGGUUGCUACUACCUGUUUUUUGUGGUGAAACCCCCCUUUCAGUAGGUGACAACGGCAGAUUGACUACUGCUGGCACAGGCGAGCAGCCAGAUGACACCAGAGGCGGUGGUUGCGGUUGCGUCGAGGCUAGCGAAAAACGUAUGCGCCAGUGCCAAUUACCGUUACAGCCGCAUUUUUACCUUUCCUGCCCAGUGCAAGAUCCCCAAAAGCUUGCUUUCAUCCUUCUUUGGGUAGAUUUUCGCCGCUCAACAUUGUUGAAGCUCGAGCAGCAUGGUCCCGAUAUCGUGGGCGGCUACAGCCCUGCGUUACGGCACGGUGACGUACCUGCCACCGUUCCGACCGCAGCGUCACUCCACAGCGUGCACCUUUUCCUCUUGUUGCAGUUAGUCUCGCUUGAGUGUACGGUUCAAAAAUUUUUACCUCUUGUGGAGGCCAUUGAUGAAACUCAAACUGUGGGUGACAUGCCUGUGACAUUUGUGGCGGCGUUGGUAGCGGGGGCUGUGGCAGCUUCAUUCCCCCAAAAUGGCCCGCUGCUACUAAUGAUGUGUGAGAAGCUGAGGGUUUUGCUAGCAAGCGCGUCGGGUGAGCAAGCGGCGCUCCGGCGGUACGUAGCUUCACCACCAGCCAGUGAAGCAGAGCGCUUCAGUGUGUUAUGGUUGAUGGCCACACCGUCUACUCCGCUGAAGAAGUUUAGCUCAAGAGCGGAGAUGUUGUACUUUGGGUUAGUUGAGUCAGUGCUGCUUGGUGCAGAAAAGCUAUGGGCCACGCAACAAGUGUCUGUUGAUGCCAGAGCUCGUGAUGAAGCUGAACGAGCAUUGGCGGAUUGGCUUGUUAUGUGCUGUGAUAUCUUUGAUGGUUUAAAGGAUUGUGAGGAUGGCACGCCACUGGGAUUUUCGAGGGAUAUGGUAUAUCGGCUAAUGGGUGGCUGUUCACCGUGUCCCACACUGCACUCCAUACUUCAUCGUCAGCGCCACGAAGUUUUUACCACUACCGACGUUGGUGAGAAAAGCACCUCCGAUUUUAACACAACGGGUAAUAGAGCUGCCGUGCAAAACCCAGAAACGGCAUUUGCGGCGGCGCAACAAGCCUUUGCCAGAAUCGUAGGUAUGGUAAGCAACGACAUGAAACUGAACAUUUAUGCCUUGUACAAGCAGGCUACCGUUGGCGAUAUCAAUAUUUCGAGACCGUGGUUAACCGAUGUGGUUGGACGCGCUAAGUGGGAUGCAUGGUGCAGGGUUAAAGGGAUGAGUAAGGAGGUUGCAGAGCAACAAUACGUUUCACUGGUAUCCGCACUACAAGAGCAUCGUAAGAGUUCAAUUGGGUGA